AUGUGCCGUUGCGAUGCCUGCUCGCCGUCUAAUGUUUGUCCGACAUUGACUGCGAGUGCGGCCACUGCCGCUGCGGGUCCACCGUGUGAAUCACCGAUGGUAGCCGACAGUCCGUUGCUAUCACCAUCGAGCUUUUUGUAUAGUUCAUCAGCGAACUCGUCGAAAUCUACAACUCCAAUCUGUCCUCCGCCUCCGCCGCCACCCAAACGAUUAUGUGAUGGCGAGGGUCCUCGAACUCCACCCGAACGUCCACGAGGACCAAAAACUCCGCCAUUGCCCCCAAAUUCUUCGGAUAAUUUUGCUUCCCAGAUGCCGUUGAACCAUAUGCAGCAACCGUCAAUGACACCCGAUAUGUAUGGUCAAAUGUACCCAAUGGUUCCAUUCGGGUAUAAUUAUCCGACGGUAUAUUACAACUACCAAGUUCCAGUAGGCGCAGUUCAAUCUAAUGAAUUUGGGAAUCGACAGGAGCCUGCUUCGCAUAUUCCGACUCCCAGCACCUCGAACGUCAAACUAACUUUCCAGAGUUAUUCACCACCACCGCCUCCGCCGCCUCAGAAACCGCCAACUUAUCAAAGACCAAAUGCAUGGCCGAAGAUUGGUGAGAAACCGAGGAUGAUGAUGACUAAGAAAAACGAUAGAUCUCCUCCUCCACCUCCACCGCCAAAGAAGCAACCACUAGUUGACGAUGCUUCUGUUUUGGAGUUGCUCAGUAAUGCACAUCAUACCACCGUCGCCUGCGAUAAGAAGAAUAAUGCUGCGCCAAAACCGAAAGAACAGCCAAAGAAAGUUGAGCCUAAACUCGCUACUCCAAAAAUUGUUGCUACUGCCAAAACGGUCGAAAAAACGAAAAAGUUGAACGGAGAAAAGAAAUUUGUUCCUCAAAUAACGAAAAAGGAGAAGAAGCUGGUGGAAAGAAAUGGAACAAAUCUAAACGGCACAAAUCCACCUACGACUAAUGGAAAAACGUCUACCCCAACUGUGGAACCGAAAAAGAAUAGUCAAUUGGUCGAACAGAACGUAGGAAACAAAUCAGAGGACAUAAAACUGGUUGCGGAAAGAGUCGAGAAAGUGGAAAAGUCGGGGAAAAAGGCUUCCGAAAAAAUUGAGAAAAAGGCUGAAAUGACGGUUGAAAAACCAGUUGAGAAGCUGAUCGAAAUUCCGCUUGUGAGAGAGGAAAAAGAAACCAAAACCGAAGUUCAAAAAUCGGAACCUUCAAACGUAUCUCCACCGCCACCAACAGCUUCUCCGAUUCCAGAGCCAAAGGAAAAAGAAGAUAUUCCACCGCCACCUUCAGAUCAUGUCGAAUCAGUACCACCACCCCCACCACCUAGAGCGAAAUCCAAGAAGACUCCUGUUGUUGACAAUCUUGCUAGAAGUCCUAGGCCUCCUCCAAUUAAAACCGAAAAUCCGAAGAAAACGCUUGCAACUCCGCAGUUGCGGUCACCAACACCUCCACUUCCGCCAAAGUCUACGAAACCGAAGAAAACAAAUUCUGAGGAAUUGCCCUCUAAAUCGCCGACACCGCCGCCAGUUCAACGUGGAAAAGGAAGGAAGGCUACAGUCGUCAAUUCAACAGCUAGGCGCACUUCACCACCUCCGAAAGUAUCAACACCAGAUGUAAAACCAGCAGCUACAAAGCGGACAACUGCACAUUCUGCGGACGACGAUAUAGUUGAAAUUGAUAUUCCGUCACCAAACACUGAUCCUGACAUUGAAAUUUUAUCGACGAAAAUGAACGGAAAGAUUGUGGAAAGCAAUAGUGAUCUUCUUGAAGCAAUCGCAGCGCAAUUGAAGAGAAGACAGGCGGAUUUGGCGAAACAGAAAGUCAAGGAAGAAAUUUGCGAUGAGUUGUUGGAUUAUGAGAACCAAUCGAAUAAAUAUCAACCUAUUCGUCCUGAUGACAUUGCGAAUGUUUUCGAAAACCGAGCUCGAACUCCUUUGGCCAAUUCAAACUCGGUUGUUCGUCAUUUAUCUGAAAACUAUGAACAUAAUACGGAAGAAGGGGUGAGAAUCAAAAUGGAAGUGGCAAGUUCUGAUUCUGGUACUAAUGACGACAUUGCAAAAGAAUCUGAAGAGCCUGAACCUGCUCCUCCGCCUCAACACACAAACGGAAAGUCGUCUGAAAAUUCGAAACAGUCGGUUAUAAAAACAGAACCGAGAUUAGUAAACAAUCAUGGAAGAGAAAUGAAGAAGAAAAGAUUUGCUGAUGCGGAGAAAUCGAAAAAGGCCGAAUCGUUUACCGCUAUACCAAAGUCGAAAGUUGUUGAACGACUGCUCAAAGGCGAACCGUCAAUUCUUAAAAAAGAAAAACCGAAGGAAACACGUAAAAACGGCGAGAGUUCGACAACUCCGAAAGAAGAAGAGGAAAAAUCACCGGGAAAGGAGAAUAAAUUGCCGAAAAUAUCAUCAAGGUUUCGAAAAUUUGUUCGUGUCGAAACCCAUCCAAACGGUGGUGCUUCUAUGCUAUGUGCCGAUUGGGGUCGUGUAACUAGUGAACUUGACCCAACUGAUGUUGAAAAAUUCGCCCGUCAGUUUAUUCGUCUGGGUCUCGCUGAAUCGAACGGUGUUCCGGUUUUCGUAAUUGGGGUUCUUGAAAACGCAGCAAGUUAUCUUUGUGAUAUUUUUGAAUAUUUACAAGAACAUUAUGAUAGUCUUCCAGUGAAAAUAGGAUCAUUGACGAAUAAGCAACUAGUAGAAACAAUGACCCUCAAAAACUACUAUGAUCAAGUUAUGGAGACUUGUCAUCAUGGAACAUUUAGAUUUGGACCAAUGCAUUCUUUAUCGAUGGUUGGCGCGAAGCAAGAAGAAUGUGGGCAAUUAUUCACGGAGUUGCUUGAAAAACUCGAAGAGUCACCGAUUUUGAAACCGCUGAUGCCUUGGGGAGAAUGGUCGUAUCUUUCCGAUAUGCAAAAGAACAUCUCCGACUCUGAUGACGGACCGAUUUAUUGGAUUCGACCUGGAGAGCAGCUAAUCAGAACUGACGAGGUUAAAGAAGAGAAACGCAGAAAAGGCACACCAAAAAGUCAUCAUAUUCGAGUGUCUGAGCGAAGAGAAUUGUUAUUCGAAGAUCGAACUCCGUGCCAUGCUGAUCAUGUGGGAGACGGCCUUGAACGCAAAACCACUGCAGCUGUUGGAAUUCUACAAUCUAUUCGAUCUCCAGCUGAAAAAUUCAAGUGUAAAGAAAGACGAGCUGUAAAAGACGUUAUCACGUUUCAUGCAGCCGAUUUCCACAGAAUCGUAGAUCGUCUACAAUUGGAUCUGUAUGAGCCGCCCAUGUCUCAGUGUGUUCAAUGGGUCGAAGAGGCCAAAUUAAAUCAGUUGAGACGUGAUGGAAUUCGUUAUUCCAAAUUUCAGUUGCAUGAAAACGACAUAUACUUCCUUCCACGUAAUAUUAUCCACCAAUUCCGCACGAUUUCCGCGUGCGCUUCAAUUGCGUGGCACGUGCGUCUGCGCCAAUAUUAUUUGGAUAACGAUUGUGAUGAUCAGUAG